AUGCAGGAGCAGGAGGAGUGCACAACAGCAGCAGAAGCGGCGGCGGCUGGUGAGGCCUUCGUGGAGGCGGUGGCCGCUGGCGACGUGCUACGCGUGCGGCAGCUCUUGCGCGAGCACCCGCCACACCACCACCACCACCACACGAUCAACGCUGUCGACCACCUUGGCUGGACGGGGCUGAUGGUGGCGGUGGAGGCGCGUCACGUGGAGAUGGUGGAGCUGCUGCUGGCCAGCGGAGCCGACCCGCACCACCGGUCGAGCGUCGAUGGCAUGCACGCCCUCCACGUGCUCGCCGAACAGGGCCAACGCGACUUCUGCCUGGAGCAGAAGAAGCCGGCGGGCAGACUGCUGCUGCAAGUCCUGCUCGAGGCGGGCGUCGAUCCCAACGUGCCCACCUCGUCCAGCGGCGAGACGGUGUUGCACCUGAUGUGCCUGCGGGGCAACAUCGAGGGCGUGCGCGAGCUCCUCGCCCGGCGCCUGGUGGUCGACAUCGACGCGCGCAACGCCCACGGCGACACCGCCCUCCACUACGCGGCGCGCAAGGGUCACGACGAGAUGGUGCGGCUGCUGGUGGCCCACGGCGCGUCGCCCGCGAUCGAGGGUCGCUUCGGCACUCCGGCCCAGGCGGCAAUCGAGUUCGGUCAGCACCACAUCGCUGAACUGCUCCGGAGCCUGGCGCGCCCCACCGAAGACGGCGCUCAACGACUGGGCCUGCACAGUCUGCCUCCGGAGGUGGUGGUGUACAUGCUGUCGUUCGUGGCCAACGCGCACGAUCUCUGUUCCCUUUCCAUGGUGCCCGACGAUAUCCCAUCGCACCCAUUGAACAAUCGGGAGAAGUGCACACGGCUAACAUUCCCCGACAGGUGA